AUUUAUUCCCAAAAGUAUAAGAUUUUCUUAAAAGCAAGCACUAUAGAAUACAUAUUUAAGUCCAAACUUUGAUUUAAUAAAAAAGAAGAGUCAGGCAGCAAUAAUGAAAAAUCCAACACCAAUAAAUCCAAAAUUAAAAUCAAAAAAAAUGUUUUUGGCAGAACUCGAAAAAUAAGCUGGUUUAAUGUAAUUAUAAAGGCCUAUAAUAAGUGAUGCAUAUUUAAAAAAAAAAGUUCAAGGAGUAUCAUUUACUAAUAAUAUUUAAAAUAUAGUUAGUCUUCCAUAAAACUCAAGAGAAAAAACUGCUGCUGUUUUCCUUUUUUUAGAUAAACUGAGAGCUUUAAAAGACUUAGGACCUGGCACAUAUGAUUAGUAUAUAUUUAAACCUGCUCCAACAGCUGUUUUGUACAGAAAAAGUUCAUAUAGUCCAAUAAAAAAGCAUCCAAAGGAAGAUAUUCCAGGUCCAGAUUAUUAUUAUUGUAAGGAUGAUUUAUUAUAUCAAAAUAAACCAGAAUAUACAUUUGCAAAAGCUGAUAUAAAUCCUUAAAUAGAAAUUCCCGAUUGGAGAGAUUAUAAACCGUAAUAUAAUCAAAUAUAAAAAAAUGCUUAUGCGGCAAUAAUAUUGGAUGAACAUAAACCUUAAUAUAUAGGUGAAGAAGGAACAUUAGAAGAAGAAAGAGGACCAGGAAAAUAUGAAAUAAAUUACAAAUAAACAGAAAUAAGAACAGAUUUGGGAAAUGUAAAAUAUGCCGAAUUAAACUAAAAUAAUAUAAGGGAAAAUAAUAUGGAAUAUUUAAAGAAAGAACAUUUCGAUAAUGAUCUUUUAUUUCCAAAAGUUGAUUUAAUUAAACCUAAUAAUAAAAAAACGUUUAAAUAUUAUGAAGAGACGAAUAUUUUACCACCUAAUCCUCCUGAUAGUCUAUUAUUUUAAGAAGAAGAUAAAUUCUAUGAUGUGGAUUUAAACAAAGUACGAGAAAACAUGAAAAAAGCUCAUAAUUUUGCACAAAAUAUGAAGAAAGAUGAAUUUGCUGAGCAUGAAGAAUUCAUGAAGAUAAUGCAUGAAUUUUAUGAAAAAGAAAAAAAAAGAAUGCCUCAUUUAGGUGAAUAUGAUGUUAUUUAUACAUAAAUAGACCCUCAUAUUCCAACUUUAGACAUUCAAAAAGUGACAGCAGCUGAUCAUGAACCAAUUUAGAAGCCUGAAGGAGACGUAGAUGGAGAUAAUUUAAUUUUAAAUAGUAAUGGAAGAUUACAGAAAAAAGUUGCUGAUAUUAAUAUGAAAAAAAUGAUUGGUAGGUAUGAUAAUUAAAAUGAAAUUACUGAUUAUGAUGAUGAUUUACUUAAUUUAAAUCCUAAUAUAGAUUUCAUUAAACCAAAAAUAAAAAUAUUAGUCAAUAUGAAAUUAAUGAUGGAUAGAAUUCCUGAAGAAGAUGAAGCCUUUCGUGAAGAAGAAAAAUUAGAUUUAAAUGUUAAUUAUUAAUAAAUUGAUAAAAAAGUUAAAGGAUAUGUUGAUUUAAAAAAAAUUUAGAUCAGAGAAGAUACACCUUAAUAUCAACCUGUUUAAAAAGAAUAAGAAAUUUAAAUUAAUGUUAAAACUAAUCUUGUAAAACCUAAAAAAGGAACGGCUGUAAAUAUGAGCAAAGGAUAAAAAAGAUUUAAAUGA